ACCCAACUGUGCUCUCCUCAUAUGCCCUUGGAGCUUUUUGGAAAGUGCUUGAGUCUCUCCGGAUCUUCAUCAUGUUCCUUGUUCAGGCUUUGUUGGAUACAGCUACCAGUGGUGGUAGUGGCGGCGGUGCUGGGGGAGCCCUCAUGAAAAGCCUUGGAGGUGGCGGUGGCAGUGCUGCGGGAGCCUUCAUGAAAAGCCUUGGAGGUGGUGGCGGUGCUGGGGGAGCCCUGAUGAAAAGUCUCGGAGGUGGCGGUGGUGCUGGGGGAGCCUUGGCGAGAGGCCUUGGAGGGCUCUUAGCAGGAGGCGGCGGUGGAAGUAAAGCAGGGAAUGUGGUUGGAAUCGUCGGAGGGCUGGUUAACAUCAUCAGCGAGGCGGCAGCUCAGUAUACCCCCGAGCCACCGCCAGUCCCCCGUAGCCAUUUUGCCAAUGUGGAGGCCAAUGAGAGUGAAGAACUCCGCCAAUUCCGCCGGCUCUUUGCCCAGCUGGCUGGCGAUGACAUGGAAGUGUGCCCCACCGAGCUGAUGAACAUCCUCAACAAGGUGAUGGCCAGGCACCAGGACCUGAAUGUGGAGGGCUUCAGCCUGGACACGUGUCGGAGCAUGGUGUCCGUCAUGGACAGCAACACCACGGGCAAGCUGGACUUCUACCAGUUCAAAUACCUGUGGAACAACAUCAAGAAAUGGCAGUGUGUCUUCAAGCAGCACAGGGGCCCGUCAGGGGCCAUCGAGAUGACUCAGCUGCCUGACGCUUUCAAGGCUGCCGGCUUCCACCUGCAUGAACAGCUCUACGCGCUGAUCAUACGCCGAUACGCCGACGAGGACGGCAGCAUGGAUUUUAACAACUUCCUCAGCUGCCUGGUGCGCCUUGAUGGGAUGUUCCGAGCCUUCAAAUCCCUGGACAGAGAUGGUGAUGGGAAAGUCCAAAUGGGCAUCCAAGAGUGGUUGCAGUUGACCAUGUACUCUUAAAGCCAAGCAAUGUGGCGAGGGAGGAGAAUCUGGUGCUCCUUCCAGCUUCAGACUGCAAGCGUUACUUUUUUAGUUAAAUAGCCAGGUCCUCUUCCUUUAUGGAAAUGAGGACAACUCUCUCACGCCAUCAGUACAUUUUAGAUUUUUCGGGAUAGGCAAGGUAGGGGAAUGUGUAAAAUUAUUUCUGGCAUUACUCAAGGUGUUCACUUUAGUUUUCUUGUCUAUGAUAUGUACUUCUUCUUUUGCUGAAAGUGCUUUUUUUUUGGAAGAAUGAGGGAGGCCACUGUGUAUUUUGCUAACAUGUUUAUCACUUGAGGAAUAUGUAUAUACAUUUUUUGCAUACAUAAGCUGUACACGUGCCUAGGAUCAAGAAUGUGUGGUUAAAAAGUGUCUAAAGCAGGGUUGGGGGUGGAAUGUUGCUCACACAGAUUGCAAUACCAUGUGGAAUGGAGUGGGGUGUCUCUUAUUCCUUUAUGACUAAUCUGUAAUUGCAGUUAGAUUGCAGCAAAAUGCAUUGUUGUAUAGUGCAGGGAAGUCCCCCCCUCUUAACCCAAAUCUUUCCCCUCCUUAUACUGCACACUGCUGGGGCUUGAGUAGACCAAUUUCCUUUCCUGCCCCACCUCCCAUUUUCCCUUCUGCCCACCCCCCCACCCCACCCCCACCCCCAUACUUGGAAAGCAGUCUGUUGGCCAGUGCCAGUUCAAAAGCAUUCUGUCAAUCUAACUGCUAUCGAUUCUAGUUUAUUCUUUGUCCACAAGCUACUGCUUUUACUGAUCCAUUUUUUGCCCCUUAGAAAAAAUAUUAACAACAUAAGAACAUAAGAAGAGCCUGCUGGAUCAGGUCAGUGGCCCAUCUAGUCCAGCAUCCUGUUCUCACAGUGGCCAACCAGGUGCCUGGGGGAAGCCCGCAAGCAGGAACCGAGUGCAAGAACACUCUCCCCUCCUGAGGCUUCCGGCAACUGGUUUUCAGAAGCAUGCUGCCUCUGACUAGGGUGGCACAGCACAGCCAUCAUAGCUAGUAGCCAUUGAUAGCCCUGCCCUCCAUGAAUUUGUCUAAUCUUCUUUUAAAGCCAUCCAAGCUGGUGGCCAUUACUGCAUCUUGUGGGAGCAAAUUCCAUAGUUUAACUAUGCGCUGAGUAAAGAAGUACUUCCUUUUGUCUGUCCUGAAUCUUCCAACAUUCAGCUUCUUUGAAUGUCCACGAGUUCUAGUAUUAUGAGAGAGGGAGAAGAACUUUUCUCUAUCCACUUUCUCAAUGCCAUGCAUAAUUUAUGCAUAUUGAUAUUAAUAUUGAUAUUUUGAAAGGAUAUAUUGAUAAAUUCAAGGAAAUAAUGAUAACAAUAUUGAUAUUCAUAUCAAUAUUUUAGAUGCAACUUUAAAAAAAAAAUCCAUUUCCAAAAAUAACAGGAGAAAAUCGCUACCUAAAAAUCCAACCCACAACGAUAUAAAGUAAGCAAAUUAAUGGAAGAUUCGGUACCAAAUCUGAAUUGUGCGGAAUUCUAGCACAUCCUACACCGUACCCAAUACUCUGUAAGCCCCGGAUGUUUAAAGAUCCUUGUCAGGCAGCUCUAUACUUUUUUCCUUCUUGUUUUGUUUUAGAAGUUUGCCUUUUUAGUUUACAAAUGUUUAUUCUUCUGUGUAACUAGAGAGUCCCUGAAGUAUGUAGAAACCCCUAGGUUAUUUUGGGGCAUUCUUUCAUUUUUAAAUUGUGAUAGACACCCAAAUUUGUCAUUAGAGAGAAUGAUGCAGGGCUGGAUACAGGUGAAAGGGAGUUACAGGCUGAGCAAAGUUUUGUUCAUUUGAUAUUCUGCAUCAUUUUGCCUGAGAUGAGAUUUGAAUCUCAAGCAAGUACUAGCAGAAUAAUUCUUCAGCUAAUUCCUGUGUGUAAAGGGGUACAAACAAGGGAAAAUAAGUUUGGAUCAUACUUAUUGUGUAUGAGUACCACCACCACCCUAAAAAAUUCUAUUUAUUUGAACAUGUCUCAGCUUGGUAUGGCAGGGUGGGGGCAGAAGCAUAUUUUGAAUUGAGUGCUAUAACACUAACACUGCCAAAAGAAAAAAAAAUCAGAAGAGAUCCUCAUCUAUGCAUUUAGCAGAAUGCACUCUUAUCACUUCAGACUCCUGCAGGAUCUCUCAUUUAAACCAGGGCUAAGGCAACUUCUGCCUGAAGCCUGAAUGUGAACCUUCAGGCCUCUCUGGCCAUCUCCCCGGGUGACAUCCCCUUUCUCUGGGCCAGAUCACUGGUUUGCAUCCUCAAGUGUUUUUUGCUUGGCUAGAAUAUGUCCUUGAACUCAGAUAAUGCCUCUUGCAACUUUUUUUUUUUUUAAGAGCUGUAAAUGGAACCUUGGCUGCUCCGUUUUGGCCCAAGUGAAGGUUCCAAAUCCUCUUCAAGGGCAGCCCCAUGUAGAGUGUGUUGCAGUAGUCCAUCUUGAGAUCCCGGGGACUGAACCUACACCUUCUGUGUGCAAAGAAGAUGUUCUGCCCCUGAGCUACAGCCCCUCCACAUUUGAACAUAGGAAGCUAAUUGCCUUAUGCCGUAUCAGACCCUUUGUACAUCUAGCUCAGUGCUGUCUCUCUAGAGUGGCAGUGGUUCACCGGGGUUUCAGACAGGGACCUUUCCCAGUCUGACCUGGGGAUGCUGGGGAUGAAAUCUUCCACAUACAGGGCAUCUCCUCUGCUGCUCAGCUUUCUCGCAUGUUUGCUCUUGUCCCUUCUUACCCUUGCAACAACCCAGCAAGGUAGGUUAGGCCUGAGAGAGAGAGACUAGUCUAGGUAAGCAAACGGACCUAGCCUUGGUCCUGCACAGGAAAACAGGAAGCAGCCUUAUAUCAAGACAGACUGUUGGUCUGUCGAGCUUAGUAUUGUCCGCACUGGCUGGCAGCUGUUCUCUGAGGUUUCUGGCAGGCGUCUCUCCCACCCCUGCUUGGAGAUGCUGGGGAUUGAACCUGGGACAUUCUGCACGCUAGGAAGAUGCUCUGCCACUGACCUGCAGCCUUUCCUUGUGCUGUCCACAACAGCACAAUGGCAUUGCAAUAGGCAGCGGUGUGUGUGUGUGUGAGUGAGAGAGAGAGAGAGAGACUGCUGAUUGCCUGUCUUUCUGCUUUUUGAGGAUGGGGAAGAGGGAAGAGGUAUGCACCAUCUCCCCUCUGCAUGCAUGCACACGUGCACGCAUGCCCCCCCCCAAAUCCUCCCUUCUCUGCUAUUUCUGCAAAUACCAUUUCUUCUUCUUUGUCUCUCCCUCCUCCCCACCCCACCCCCCGGCUGUCUCCAAACUUGCCCCAUUUCUAAAACUGCCUUUUCUGGUUUCCACCACAUCAUCAGUUCUGGCUUUAUGUUGAUCCAGGCUCCCCUCUUUGCUUUUUCAGACCCAAACACAGGUCUUUGUGCAUUAAGCAAGGGAACAGAGCAAGCGAAGAUGAUUCAUGCUAUCUUUUAAAUCCAAACACCUAUCUUUGUAUUUGCUCAUCUCCCCGCCCAGCAUGGAAACAACACCCUGCCUUUGCUGUUGGUCUUCAUAUCGGUUUUAGAAUGCUCUUACUUGAAUAGCUCCAGCUGGCCUGGGAGGGCCUCAGUCAACUUUGCAUGCUGUGUGCAACCACAUCCUAACGGCCACUGUUUUUCUUUAAAGAGAAACUGGGGUGUGGUUUUGGGGGGACAUUUCAAACUGGGAAAGUAUGUGGGGGAAGAAUAACUUAGUUACCUCUUUUCCCACCACCAGCUUCAUCUCCACAGAGUUCCAAAUGCGUGUCGCUCUAAAAGAAAGAUCCCUGUGGAAAAUAUUUGUCAGGGUUUAGUUUCAGGAAGAACUUUGUUAUACCUGCUUUUGCUGUUUGAUAACGAAAACUUUGUGAGUUUUUGUUUUGGCGCUGGUGGCCAGAGCUAAACUUGUGGCUCAACUCUAAAUGUAUGUUUUGCUUUCUGCUUUGUGAUGCCUUACAGCUAAAUUAUCUACGCUUCUGUAUUACGCUGCAAUUAUUAUUAUUUUUCAGUUCCAACGGCAAAAAAGCAGCAAUCUAGGCCUGUGAUCUUGGCAACACUGACAAAUGAAAUAAUGUUCGCUUUGUCUUUGCAAA